UUGAUCAUACAUAGCGAAAUAAAUUAAAAAAAUUGCAAGCCAUGGAAGCGCGAAUAGAACCUCCAAAAAGGCUUUCUAGUAUGCUAAAUUGGAACUCCUCUUCCGUCAAAGGCAAAAUUUUCAAUAACUUGAAUCCAAUUUGUGAAGCUGGCCAACAACAACUCACUAUCAAGGGGAAGUUCGUGAUUGUCCAAAAUCACAGGAAAUCAAUACCUGGAAAAUUAGUUUCUGUUCAGAUUUAUAGUGGGACUGAAGUGGAUCCCAAUACCGGUAAAGGGAAGUUAAGCGAUAAAGCAUAUUUGAAGGAGGAUGGGAACAAGGGACAUAACCGUGAUGCACAAACCAUGACAUAUAAAACUAAAAUACAAGUUGAAUCACAUUUUGGAACUCCAAGAGCUUUUGUGGUCCAAAAUAAAUACAAGAAAUUCUUUCUUCUGCGUGCAUCUAUCGAGACUUCUAACAGUCGCAUCAUCCACUUUGACUGCAAUUCUUGGAUAUUUCCAAUCAAGAAGACCAAAUUUGAUCGCCUUUUCUUCUCAAAUAGAUGCUACCUUCCAAGUCAGACACCAAGGGCUCUAGUGGAACAAAGAAAGGAAGAGCUUGAAAGAUUGAGGGGCAAUGGAAUGGGAGAAAGAAAGGAAUGGGAUCGAAUCUAUGACUAUGACUGCUAUAAUGACCUUGGUGAUCCUCAGAAAGGACCACAGCAUCUUAGACCAAUCCUUGGAGGCUCAAGGUUAUAUCCAUAUCCACGUAGACUAAGAACAGGUCGAAAACGCAGUACAGCAGCAGGUCCAUCUGGGAGCCGGCCACAAGGAAGAAAUUUCAACAUAUAUGUUCCUUCAGAUGAGAGAUUCAGCCCCAAUAAAUUGAAGGAGAUCAAAUCAAAUUCUAUCCAUGCCAUGGUUCAAUGUCUAUCAUCAAAUGGAGAACCAUUACCUCAGAGAAGUUCUCGAAGCUUUCAAUCAUUCGACGAGAUACUUGACAUGUUCUCUAGUAAUAGAAGCCAAACAAUUAUGGGAUGGAUCAGAGACAACUUGAAGAAACUUGUACCAGUUGAGCACUUGAAGGAAAUGACUCUUGCAAUCAAGGAAAACUACCAGCAAUUUCAUGUCCCUCAAAUCAUAUCAGAAAAUGAAUGGGCUUGGAAAGAUGACAUGGAGUUUGGGCGACAAAUGCUUGCGGGAACUCACCCACUCAGAAUCCAGUGCUUGACGACAUUCCCACCUCAAAACAAAUUCGGAGUACAGAGUUCAAUGAAACAAUCAACUAUAGAACAAAAGCUUGAAGGAUGGACACUUCCUCAGGCACUGGAACAGGGAAGAAUAUUCAUGGUGGAGCACCAUGACUAUCUCAUGCCAUAUUUGAACAGAAUCAAUGCGAACGGGGCGUGUGCUUAUGCAUCGAGGACACUUCUGUUCUUAAGGAGUGAUGGCAUGCUCAAGCCACUGACGAUAGAACUUAGUUUGCCAGGCUCAUCUCUGGGUUAUGAAAACCAAAGGAUUUUCCUUCCCGCGAAGCAGGGAACUCAAGCCGCACUUUGGCAGCUUGCUAAAGCUCAUGUUUUAGCUAAUAACGCUGUUUACCAUCAACUAAUUAGUCACUGGUUACAUACUCAUGCUGUUGUUGAACCAUUUAUUAUUGCCACCAAAAGACGGCUAAGUGUUAUGCAUCCAAUCCACCGGAUAUUGAACCCUCAUUUCAAGGACAGUCUACACAUAAAUGCUUUGUCAAGGCAUAUUCUUAUAAAUGCUGGAGGAAUUCUGGAGAGAAUACUAUUCCCUGGUGAAAUCUGUAUGCAAAUAUCCUGCGACCUCUACAAGGAGUGGAAAUUGAAUGAACAAGGACUUCCUGCUGAUCUACUCAAAAGGGGCAUGGCUGUAGAAGACCCAGACGAAAAUAACCCUGCUGGGAUUCAGCUUCUCAUGUUGGACUACCCCUAUGCCAUUGAUGGAAUUGAGAUAUGGGUUGCCAUCAAAGAAUGGGUCAAGGACUUCUGCGUAUUCUUCUACAAAGACGACGACACCAUCAGGUCCGAUGUGGAACUCCAAGCUUGGUGGUCAGAGAUUCGAACUCUCGGCCAUGGUGACAAACAAAGUGAAACAUGGUGGUACCAAAUGACAACUCUCUCAAACCUUGUAGAAGCCUUAACAACUCUCAUAUGGGUUUCUUCGGCGCGCCACUCAGCUAUAAACUACAACCAACAACAUCGAUACAAUGUUAACCAUCCCACAGUAUGCAGGAAGUUUGUUCCACGGGAAGGAACAAUUGAGUUUGGAGAGUUCCUCAAGGACCCUGAUAGGUUUUUCCUCAAGAUGAUGCCUGAAAGGUUUGAGAUGAGUCUAUGGGUGGCAUUAGUAGAGAUUCUCUCAAGGCACACUUGUGAUGAAUUUUACUUGGGUUGCAUGCCAUCACCUGGUUGGGUAGACAGUGAGAUUAUUCAGAAUAGAUUUGCUGAAUUUAAAGAAGCAUUGAAAGAGAUUCAAACAAGGAUCUUGCAGAGAAACAGAGACCCCAAGCUUAAGAAUAGGCGUGGCCCAGUGAAAAUUGACAACACUCUUUUGUACCACCCUGAGAGGUCUAGUUGUGGGUCAAGAAGAUUGAAUCAUAAGAAGAGGAAUACAUAAUACUAUGAUAGCAUAUCAAUUUGAUUUGUAGGCACUGACAUAUAUGCCACCUUCAAGAAAGAAGAUUUGAAUUUAUGUAAAGUAGAACAAAAAGAAACAAAUUCACACAAAUUCAAUUCACUAUCAUAUAACACAACUCUUUCGUCAUCCCAUGGUAACACAUUAACCUUAUGUAUGCCAUUUGUAUUGAUCAAAGUAGAGAUUUCAUGUAUGGAUAAGAAUUGAUGAGUGUAAGAAGUGGUU